UUGACAGCAGCAUCUCAAUUUCAAAAUAAUGACGCGGGUACGGGUACUAGAGGCCGUUUUGCCCGCACAACACUCGGCGACAAGAUAUCCGCCACCAGCUGUGAAUCGGAUGAAAAAUACAGAAAGUCGUCCAGCUUUUAUUUUUAUUCCUGCUCAAUAAUACAAUUUAUAUUCAGUUCUAGAUUUUCUUAUUCAAAUAAUUAUUCAAGAUGAUGGGAAGUAAAAGAGGACGCGGCGCGGCACCGUCGAAUCAAGAGCGCGUCCGCACACAUUUAUUCUUCGGAUCCAAAGCUGAACGACCACAUCAAAAGCGGAAGCGGAGAGCUCAGAACAAGCUUCACGUAACUGCAAAGGAUAAGAAAGACGAAAUGGUUCAAGCUGGUGCAAGUGAGAUUGAUCCUCAACAAUGGACUGGAAAUCAAAGAGUUCUUCAUUUUGGACCAAUGGCUCAACGUGAUCCAUAUUUCUAUUAUUAUCCAAAAGGAUGGGAUAUAUUGUAUCCAGCAACAUUUGGAUUUUUUCCAUAUAGAACAUCAAAAUUUCGUGGCUCGUCAUCAUUGAUUUGUUGUACAGCAUUCGGCGUUUUUCUCCUAAUUGGAGGACUACUAAUGUCACUUCUUGGAUAUAAAUACCUUUAUACUUCACCAUUCUGGACUUGGCCAUACGAACAAAGAAUACGACCACCACCAAUUCAAAUUGCGGGUCCUAUUUUAUUUGGACUCGGAUGUUCGUUUUUGAUAAUUUCAUUAAUCUACUUUUUAUGCACAACAAAGCUCUGUGAUCUCUCGUUACACCACACAAAGAAGCACAAUGAUCCUGCUAGGCUUACGACUAUUACAACACAUUAUGUGCCGCUACCUCCGAUCUUUGAGAAAGAUCCAUAUCAACCUCUACCUCCACCUGCGUACCCAGUUCUUGAGAAUCGACACGCAAUGUCUAAUGUAGUUAAGCCACACGAUGAAAAGAAACUGUAUCCACCAGUAAUUCCUGGAUGUUCCACACUUUCCCUUCAUAGACGAUCUCCGAAUAACAUUUUUGUAGCAAGUCCAUAUAAUACCCUAAGAGCUACAAGCGUUGGAAGAUAUCAAUCUGGAUUCCUUGACACGAAUUCAAUAAUGGAAAAUCGGUUAGGAUCAAGGCAGCCGUCAGUUGCAAGUAGAAGACAAUCAAGUGAAGCUUCAAGUCAAAAAAGAUCCAAAUCAAUGGGACCUUUACAUCGAACUAACUCCAAUCGAAGCAAAGGAUCAGGAAGAUCAAGAAGGAGAGAAAAUAGUCAAAUAUAGACAUUGUUUUAUGAUGUUAACCAGAUUUAUAUUGUUUUUUUUUAAUUUCAAAAUUCUGUAUCCACAAAGAUCAACCGAAAAGGAGAUGAAUAAUUUGUAGAUAUUUUAAAAUAUUUAUCUACAAUAAUAUUUUCCAUCAACCAAAUAAAAAAUUCGACCUUCGCCCUU